GCCUGGCACGAAGAGGAGUGGGAAUGAGAGGACAGAGAGCGAGACUGCUAAAUAUUUCGGUUGUGCCGUAGUCAGAGAAAAUAUCAUCCUAAUUUACACGGUUGGUCGCAUUGACUGGACGAGCACUCCAACCUACUAAUUUAUUCUUUGUCAAACGUGAUAUCUUGUUUAAGUGUGAAGUGAGAUUUGGAAUUACGCGGCCACAAAAACGAAAUUGUAUGUGUCAGGUGCUAAGUAUUAGCUGACAGGCUAACUAGCAUAGUCAUUAAAGCCAUGGCGUUGAAAAGAAUUCAGAAGGAGCUGUCAGACCUGCAGAGGGACCCACCAGCCCAAUGCUCAGCUGGACCUGUAGGAGAUGAUUUGUUUCACUGGCAGGCAACAAUAAUGGGUCCGAGUGAUAGUCCUUAUCAGAGUGGAGUGUUUUUCCUCACCAUUCACUUCCCCACAGAUUACCCCUUCAAACCACCAAAAGUUGCAUUCACAACAAAAAUUUAUCACCCUAAUAUUAACAGCAAUGGGAGUAUUUGUCUUGACAUACUGAGGUCACAGUGGUCACCAGCACUUACAGUAUCAAAAGUAUUAUUGUCCAUCUGCUCACUUCUUUGUGAUCCGAAUCCAGACGAUCCAUUGGUACCAGAGAUCGCCCAUACAUACAAGGCUGACAGGGAAAAGUACAACAAAUUAGCAAGAGAAUGGACACAGAAGUAUGCAAUGUGAGAACGCCAGGGAGAUCACUAUUCAGUUGAGAACAAAAGAACCACAAAGGAUUUGUAACUUGAGGCAAAUGAGCAACAGAAGGGGAAAAACCAAACAACAGCCCAUGAUUUGAGAAGGAAGUGAUACAAUGAGGUACAGUGCCACUUGGCUUUCCGUGUGCAGAGCUGCUACCAUGUGCUGUCCUUCAUGACUUGUGCGGAUCUGCAGAGCAGGACCUGAUGGACUCCUAAAGCACUCCCAUAUGGAAUACUGGAAUUUCUUCACAGUCCCUAAUGCCACACUCAGACUUUACACUGUUACCCCAGUUAUUGUUAUUAUCACUCUUGCCAUCCAUGCGCUUUAUUUUCAUUGUCAACAAGUCAUAUCAUUGUGCUAAUAAGAUGCAAAGUGUUUAAUUUAGGAGAUUUGCUCUCCCAUCAAUGGAGGUACUCUGUCCCACUGGAUGUCUUGUUAGUACUGUAUUUCCAUGUAUUUAGUGGCCUUUUUGUGUUAUGUUUUUGGUAUAUGUGCAAUUGAGGCAGAAUGUUCCCUGUUGAACACUGAAUGGCGCAGUACCUUUACCAGCAAGUGUCUGUUGGCACUUACUGUUUCUACCCCAAAACAAUGUGAAAAGCAUAAAAAACAUCCAUUUCUGUUGCCCACCGCAGUUGAAAAUGAAAUGGAAUUUGGCAGAGUUUAAGACACUGGAGAGCUGCUGUUGAGGCUCCACCAUACUUAUGGUGGGUCUCCAUUCAAUGGACAUCCACUUUUCCUUAUUUACACAUGCUGUCAUUGCUCUUCCAUCCUACAUUAGAAACGUUGAUGGCUGGUAAAUCCAUUGUGCGAAUAAUACUACUGUCAUUUUUACUUGUGUUGUGUAGCUAUGACCAUAGCUACGUUUUUGGCAUAGCUUAGCUGUGUGCCACCUACUCAGUACGGUUACUCAGGUAUCAAACCUCAUCAUCAGUCUUGAUAUGCAUUCACCCCUGAUUUAACAAGUCUAGACAUACUACUUAUCUGCGUUCAUCCUGAAGAGGCAUUGUGUUUGCACAAAUACGGUGUGUAAGAAGUACUGUUCCUCUCCAGGCUUCUCUGCUAGUUGUUUUUUUUUUCUUGAACAUAAAGAUCUAAACAGCAUUUGAAUAUUGUUGUGAGAUGUAAAUGCUACCUUUUUUUUUCCAUUAAUCAAAUGGCCUUUGGUUUCAGUUGGUGUCCAUCGUUCUAGUAAUGGGAACUUGAACAAACUUGACAAUUGGCAGAACGUGGUUGUUUGAAGUCAUAAGCGCAUCGUUACAUGAGCUGAAUAAAUAGUUACUUGCCAUGACUGUUUCAUUUGCUUUAAGCACCAGGUGAUGUAAUGCUUUGCAAUUCUUUAUGUUCAAUAUUCAUGGGUUGGUCUACAAAGUUUUCAUUUUGAAAUGAGUAACACUGACAGUAAAACACUUGGUCUGAGUGAUUCGUUUGUGACUUUUUGUUUUGUAUCGUUGAAUGCUUUAGUUUUAGGCUUUUUUUUCCUUCUCAUUUGUGUCACAAAUAUUUGGAAUUGAUUGUGAUGUCAAAGUAAUACUUGUAAUAUAAUCCAUUUGUAAACGAUGGGAAAAGUUGUGAUGUUUAAAAUCACAAUUUAAUGUGCUGAUGCUGCCAAUGUAAAGGGAAUUAUCGGUUAUUAUAAGACAAAGAAAUUCUACUAUUGAGGCAUUAAGGAAUGGAUACACCCAGAAAAGUUAAAAGCUAAGCAUGAUGGAUUUUUAGUAACUUUGAUGUAGAAUUAACAUGAUUUAGGCUUUUAAUAUAGAUUUUUAUCAAUAUUAGCUGCUGUAGAGAAAAUAGAACAAGUUUUCCUGAAAUACAGUAUUAUGCUAAAAUAUUUUGAAAGGAUAAACUCGAAAAGCAGCAAAAAGCUUUUCUGCAAAAUCUCAUUUGUGUUACAGCAAAUUUAGAUUGCGUGCGUUGUCGAUUGUUCAUCUGGCUAUUUAAUUUACUAACUACUGUACCAUUGAAUGCGGCCUCAAAUCACAAUGCAAGCGAUGCUGUAGAUUGACUCCCCUUGUCCAGUGUGCUCGAUAGGGCUUAUAUAGGCAGCUUGGCAUGCUUUGAACUCUGGAAAACCUUCUCACAGCCAUUUGCCAGAUAUCAGGGAUUUCGUUACAUUUCAUCUGCCUAAUACCUUGGACUGAAACUCUAGCCUUAACCAUCAUGUUGUGUAUCUAGAGUACAUGUCAUGAACUGUAAAUUUGCUAUGGAGGCUGUAUCCCAAAAAACUGGGGAUUCAUCUAAUUUCAAGACAUGAAAAACCUGCUUUACCAGUAUGAAUAUUUGGUUUUGUCUGAAUGCAGAACCGCCCUUAACGCAUCUUAAAAAUAGAGGUAAAUGUGCUUCGACUGCCAUCACGAACCUACAUGUUGUCACAUAGUAUUAACAAGAUAAUGGCUGACCUUGUUAUAAUUUAAGAAUAAAACUCAUCUUGGUUU